AUGUAUUCCCUCACAGACUUGUUUGCCGCCUUUACGAUUUUCUUCUCUUCAUACUGGGACUCGGUCAUUACCUGGACUUGCAUUUUUGUCAUUACCUGGUUACACCGAUAUGUCCGGUUGAUCGUCCAUAGUAUUAGUCACUGGGCCUACAGGUCCAAGCCGAUCCCAGAAAAGCCAAAGUUCACGUCGAAAGAUGUGACGGUUGUGAUUCCUACCAUCCAUGAUAAGAUGGAGGAACUCCGGGAUUCGCUAAACAGCAUUCUGGCCUGCGAGCCGCACGAGCUCAUUCUGGUCACGACGGCCGAGAAGCAUGAAGCCCUGCAAAACCUGGCUCAAACGCUCAACUACCCUCGAAUCCGGGUCCUCUUCACGGGGAUUGCCAACAAGCGCCUCCAGGUCUGCGCGGCACUGCCAGAGGUCCGCACUGCCAUCACCAUCAUGGCGGAUGAUGAUGUUACCUGGCCAAGGACCCUGAUGCCCUGGAUCUUGGCUCCCUUUGAGGACCCCAGGAUGGGCGGCGUGGGAACCUGCCAGAGAGUCCGCCGGGAAUGGGCAGCCUCCUUUGCCACCCGGUGCUGGAACUGGCUCGGAGCUGCCUACAUUGAGCGGCGGAACUUUGAGAUCUCUGCCACACACAACAUUGACGGCGGCACCUCAUGCAUGUCUGGACGCACGGGUGCGUACAGGACAGAGAUUCUCAACAACGGUGAGUUUCUAGAUGGCUUCAAGAACGAGCGGUGGCGAAAGUACAUCCUCAAUGCCGACGACGACAACUUUGUCACUCGGUGGCUCGUCAGUCACCAGUGGAAGACAUGGAUCCAGUAUGAGCGGGAGUGUGAGCUCGAGACCACCCUGGAAAACGGCAAGAAGUUCCUCUACCAGUGCUCCCGAUGGGCACGAAGCAAUUGGAGGAGUAACUUCACGAGUCUUGUCGUCGAGCGUCACGUGUGGAGCCAACAGCCGUGGUGCACUUAUGCGCUGCAUAUUGCGACCUUCACAUCACUUGCGUUUGUCAUGGAUCCUUUUAUUAUUUUUGCGCUGUGGAAGGCAACAGCGAGCUGGGAUCCCACGUACCGCUCGAUGGCAAUCUGGGCACAGAUCAUCUUCGUCUUUGGAUUCUCCAAAACAGUGAAGCUCUGGGGUCUCUUCAGGCGCAACCCAAGCGACAUUGCAUACCUACCGCUCUCGAUCGUGUUCGGCUGGUUCCAUGGCCUCAUCAAGCUCUGGGCCCUGCUGACGCUUAAUAUGACUUCUUGGGGCAGCCGAGCGGAUGGUGAUCUUCACGAUAAGGCGCGUCUUAAGCGUCCACAGCGAAGCAUGAGCAUGAGCACCCCUAAAGAGAAAGGAGAACUCGUCCGCUACAACGUGCAGCGUCGCAUGACCCUGCCGUCGGGGUCCGAGAAACCCAAUUUACUAUAA